ACAUCAGCAACUCCCCAGACUUGGGGCUGUGGGGCUAUUGUGGGCUUUGGCCAGCCUCCAGGCAGCUAGGUGGAGAAGGAGAGAGAGGACCGUUUGACCAGGACGUGUGCUACUCAGCCAGCCACAGAACUGGAAUUUCCCAGGAGCAGAGAGUGUGGAGUUUGGACUUUCCUGAGCCACUGAAGUGGGGCACAGAGUUUGCUGGCCCAGGAGAGCACUAUGGAUGGUGAAAGAGGGGGCAGGAACGGCGGCAGGUCCCAGGGACCAGGACACGCUCCUGAUACCAGGCUCCUUUCAAAUCCAUGGAUGGGAGAUGUGGUGUCUGAUUGGUCUCCUGUGCAUGAAGCAGCAAUCCAGGGACGUCUGCUCUCUCUGAGGAAGCUCGUCAGCCAGGGGUGGCGGGUGAACCUCAUCACAGCAGAUCGUGUGACCCCUCUUCAUGAAGCCUGUCUUAGAGGUCAUCUCUCUUGUGCAAGAUUUUUAUUAAAGAAUGGAGCUCAGGUGAACGCCAUGACUUCUUACUGGCACACACCCUUGUUUAACGCUUGUGCCAGUGGCAAACUGGAUUGUGUGAAUUUGCUUCUGCGGUAUGGAGCCAGCCCCAACCCUGAGAAUGAUCUGGCAUCCCCCAUCCAUGAAGCUGCUAGAAGAGGCUACGUGGAGUGCGUUGAGGCCCUCAUAAGGCACGGGAGCAACGUUGACCAUAUCGUUAGUUACCUGGGCUCUGCACUGUAUUUGGCUUGCGAAAAACAGGAGAUAGCCUGUGCCAAGAAGCUUCUGGAGUCAGGAGCAAGUGCAAACCAGGGCAAAGGUCUGGAUUCUCCUCUUCACGCAGUGGCCAGGGUGUCCAGUGAGGAGCUGGCCCACCUGCUCAUGGACUUUGGAGCGGACCCCCAGGCCAAGAAUGCUGAGGGCAAACGACCCGUGGAUCUGGUGCAUCCAGAGAGCCCUCUGGCCCAGCUCUUCUUGCAGAGAGAAGGGCCCCCUUCUUUGAUGCAGUUGUGCCGCCUCAGAAUUCGCAAGUGCUUUGGAAUCCACCAACAUCACAAGAUCACAGAACUUGUCCUCCCGGAGAGACUGAAGCGGUUCCUCCUGCACCUUUAAAGGCAUUAAGGGAUUGGAUUUGUAAACAAUAGGAAAAGAAUGUUGAGUUUUGUGACUACUAGAAUUUGAAAAAAAAUAAAGUUGGGUUUG